CUGAGCAAAUGAGAAGUCCGCUGCUGUAGCGCUAACCCUAACUGUGUCUCCGCUGUCACUGUGAUGAUCAUUGUUGCGGCGUGUGAUCUCUCUCGUGCUCUUCUUUCCGAGCCCAUGGGCAGUCUCGAGCAACUGCGGCGGCGGUGGCUGUCCCAUCGGCGGCAAAGGCAGCAGAGUGGCUGAGGUGGAUGGGUGAGCAGGUGCUGCGCCUCGCGGAGGAGGUGCUGCGUCUGGAGCGGGAGCUGGCCCAGCAGCGGCAGCUGCGCGCACACCAGGCACAGCGCGCCCACGCCCAGGCACAGGCCGUGCGGCUCUGGGUCGCCCAGCGCCUCAGGCAGCUCGAGGAGCACAACACCCGCCUGCAGGAGCAGAAUGAACGGUGCAACGAACAGCUGGAGGAGCUGAGACGGCGACUGGCACACCUGAGUGAGCAGCUGGCAGCCAGUGCGGGCGCCCCACCCGAAGACGACGAGGCCCCACCCGCCUACACGGCUGCUGUCUUACACCCCACGAGUUGCCCCGGAGUUCGGUUGGAGCGGAAGCGGUUCCGGGAGGUGACCACCCUCUCGUCGUGCAGUUCCAUGGCCUCGCCCGAGGAAGAUGGCACGGCCCACAAGGGGUGGCCAAACCAAGCAUUGGAAGGUUGUCGGCGAGGUGUAGUGGCUCCAGAGGAAGAGUUACACGACUAUGCCGAGAUCUACACCCCAAGCCGAGAGGAAGGUCCGCCUGUUCCAGGGAGCAACGACCCUACUGGGCGGCCUCCUACACCCCCCAGGCACCGUUUCCCAUCCUGGGAGUCUCGCAUCUAUGAGGUAGCAGCCAACGGCAUCAUCCAGUCACUCCACUCGGGCACAUCAGGUGCCUCGAGCCUGGAAGGUACCCUGCCGGGCAGCCGCCUCCACAGUGCCUUCUCCGAGCUCAGCGUGCCUGUCUAUGCCGCCGUCAAAGGGCGAGCAUCGCAGAUUCGGUCAAUGCCUUUCACGGGAGAGUCAUCGGAUUCGUCGGACAACGAAGAUACCAGUCGGACGCCCCUCAGCGGAUCCAGUGACCGAUCUCCAAAGGCAGUUGGCGUGCGCAGAGAGACUUCAGCCGAGUCACUGCUGUCAGACGACUACGCCGUUCCUCCAGAUGCAGUGUCCACCACAGCCGACACCCUGAGCUUGGAUUCCCUCGAGCCGCACCCACCUGUAGUCUCCAGGGGCACCCAGGAGAGCCUUUACCCUGUUGUACCUGAGCCGGCUGAGAAAAGUGGCUACCUGACCAAGCUCGGGGGCAAGCUCAAGACCUGGAAGCGCCGAUGGUUUGUCUUGGCCAAUGGGACACUGCGAUACUAUAAGGCACAGAGUGAUGUUGGCCGCAAGCCAAGAGGCCAGAUUGCCCUGGAUGAAGUCUGCCGAGUCACUCGUGCGCAUGGUGCCACCACCUUUGAGAUAGCGACGGACAAGCGGUCCUUCUACCUGACAGCUGACUGCACAUCCACCAUGGAAGAGUGGGUACGAGUGCUGCAGCAGGUACUGCGCAAUCGGCAGCUGAGCAGUAGUCAUGGCACUUGUGCAUUGCAUUGUCUAGUGGCUAGCACUGACAGCAGGUACUACGAGUGCUUUGACAGCAAUAACCCCUUGGGACAGAUUCCCCUGCGGGACGCUCGAGUGGAGGAAGUGCUGCACCUGUCGGACAGCGAUGAGGAUGAGGCGGGUGGUGACAAGAGCGAGCGCAGUGGCACCGCCACUCAGCACCAGCAGCAAUUCACGGUGGCCUUGCUCCCGCGGAACCAGUCGCCCACCUACCUUCUGUUCCCCACCAGGCAGGAAAUGGAUGCCUGGCUUUACCAUUUGACGGUCGUGUCUUCAGGAGAGAACACAUCAGGCAGCCAGUACGAGCAGCUGAUCAGCCGGCUGCUUGAAGUGGACGGAGACCCAGGGAGUGUCGUUUGGCGUCACCCACUGCUGCUGCAUAGCAAGGAGCCCCUGAGCCAGCCGCUUACCAGCCUGGCCUCCGAGGAGCUGCAGUCACAGGCGCUACGGCUAUUCAAGUCAGUGCAGCUCUUCAUGGGUGUCCCCCUGGAGGCGUCGGGCAUUGACUACCACGUGGCCCUGGCCCAGAACUCUCUGGCCCAGUGCCUCUCAUGCCCUGCACUCCAGAAUGAGCUCUUCUGCCAGCUGAUCAAGCAGACGUCACCACUGCCGGGGGGACACCGGCUGGCUGGUGUACAGCAACUGCUGCUGUGCGCUACUCAGUCCUUGUUCCUGUGCGACUCGUCCUCUGAGAAGGGCUCCCCGACGACAGACAAGGCUGGCGGACCACCACCUCCGCCAGCCCCAGCGCCACCGUGCCAUCAGGCGCCGCCACCCCCCUACCAGCAGCCAGCUGACUGGGUGCUCGUGCAGGGAUGGCAGCUGCUCUCCCUCUCAGUGGCCCUCUUCCCGCCACGCAACAGGACCCGGUGGCUUUUGAGGAAGCACCUUUUGCGGCAUGCGGACUCCAGGAGUGAGCCGGGCCAGUAUGCGUCAUUCUGUGGCCGGGCCCUGGAGCGUGCCCUGAAGGCGGGUAGCCCUCGGGAGUGCCGUCCCUCACGCAUGGAGGUGCUCAGCAUCCUGCAGCGCAACCCGUUCCACCACUCCCUGCCGCACUCCAUUCCCGUCCACUUCCUCAACGGCACCUACCUGGUUGUUGGCUUCGAUGGCUCCACCACAGUAGAUGAGUUCAUCGGGACAUUGACCCAGGAAGCCGGCAUGCGUGACCCAAGCCAGUCGGGCUUUGCCCUCUACAGUGACGACCCCAUUGACAAGGGUGUCCAGCACUGCCUCAACCUCUCCACACAUAAGGGGGACUCCUUGCUGGCAGAUGAAGUUUACCUCUGUAGCACACUCAAGCUCUGUGAUGUCAUCUCACGCUGGGAGCAGGCCCUCCGAGAGCGCCACCUAGGUAAAGUGGAGAAUACCCGCGUCAUCUGCCUCACCUUUAAGAACAGGCUGUUCCUACGGCAGUACCAGAAGGCGGAGACUGAACGAGAACGGCUGCUCACCUGCUAUGCCUUGCACGGGGAACUCAUGCAGGGCCGCUUCCCCCUAACACACGAAAUGGCCCUCGAGAUGGCUGCCCUCAUGGCACAGAUCGAGUAUGGUGACCAGUCGGGUGAGCGGGCGCGGUCCAGACCCCAGCUUCUCCAACAGGCCUUGGAGCGCUUCUUGCCCCAGCAGUUCCUGCUGCCAGACAAUAAGAGCCAGCAGGAGAGCCUCGGGGAGAGGUGGGCCACCCUAAAGGGGAGGUCCGUGCAGGACUGCGUGCGCAUCUACCUCAACUGUGUCCGCAAGUGGCCCCUGUGCGGCGCAAGGCUAUUUGCGGCUAAGAUGAAGAGCAAGGAGCAGCAGAGCCUGUGGCUGGCUGUGUCCGAGGAUGGCAUCAGCUUGCUGGACUGUGCCACACUGCAACCGUGGGUGCAACAUCCGUACUCAAGUGUCAUGACGUUUGGCGGCUGCCGGGAGGACUUCAUGCUCGUCGUCUGCCCGGAGGCUGGCGAGCCCUGCACAGAGCGUCUGCUCUUUGCUAUGCCCAAGGCGCAGGUACUAGAUGUCACUCUCCUGGUGGCUGACUACAUGAAUGCACUAGGUGCCACAGGUGCAAGCGUGGCACCCUCUCCCGGUGGCAGCCUCGUGGUGGGAAGCGGGCGGAGCAGGCUUAACAUGAACCCCUGUUCCGCGACCUCGUCGCCCGCACUGUCCACUGCCUCGUCGCGACGACCGCUGCUGCCGACCCCCGACUCCUGACGGUCGCCAUCUACCACGCCCCGACACCGGCCCGACUCCUCCGCUACGAGCACAGGUGGCACUGCUGUCACUGCCUCGCCCCGCAGUGGCAGAGCCACCUGGAAGUGAGCCAAGUUACGGUAGUUG